UUGCUCAGCAAGUUCGAUACAUUCCUUUUUGACGCCGAUGGUGUUCUAUGGACCGAUGAUAUUCCCAUCGCCGGAGCGAUUGAUUUUGUCUCCACUUUGGCAAACGCGGGCAAAAGGAUUUUUAUCAUUAGUAAUAACUCAACGAAGACUCCAGAGCAGUACAUGGCAAAGAUAGAACAUCUGGGGUUCAAGGGUGUCACGAUGGAGCAACUAAUCACCCCUGCUAUUGUGCUAGCCGCAUAUUUUAAGGAUCGACCAGAAUACGCAGGGCAAAAUAUCUAUUUGAUUGGAGUGGAGAAUCUGAAGAAAACUCUUGAAGCAAGAGGUGGAGUGCGAUGUUUCGGAACGGGGCCGGAUCCCUUCGUUGCUGACUCCAAUUUUUCCUUCAAUUUUGAUACUUCUGUGAUACCAAAGGCUGUUGUAUGCAGUUACGACUGUCAUCUUAGUUACCCGAAAAUACAAAAAGCUGCAACAUUUUUGAAAUGCAAAGGAGUAGAAUUUCUGGUGACAAAUGAGGAUUAUACAUUCCCUGGACCUGAUCCAAAUAUUGUCAUCCCGGGGGCUGGAACAUCCUCAGCAGCAGUUCGAGCCGUUUCGGGACGAAUUCCUAUUGUAAUUGGAAAACCACACAAGCCAAUAGCUGAUUAUUUGAAAAAACACCAUCACAUUGAUGCCUCGAAAACAGUUAUGUUUGGCGAUCGGCUGGACACCGACAUACAGUUCGCAAAUGAAAAUGGCUUCACUAGUUGUUUCAUGCUUACUGGGGUGAAUACGAUGGAUGACGUGAUAAAGGCGGAGCAGCGGGGACAGAAACAUCUAUUGCCGACUCAUACAUUUUCUACGACCAACGCUGUGUGGAAAAGUGAAGAUGUGAAAGAAGGUAAAGGGGAGAAGGCGCCCGAACAACCAGCAAAACCACAGGGAUGGAUCAGCAAGCUAUUGAGCGGACAGCCGGUGGAUCCGACCGGUUGGCAGAAACAGAGCCAUUCUAGCCUUCUCAGCACUUCUGAGCAUAUCUAUGAGUUUGCUACUCACAAUUAUCGUCCUGGAGAAAAGGACAAGUACCUCGAAGUGUUUGGCAAAUACAAGCAAGAGCUGAGCGAUAAAGCAAGUUUUUUACUGCCUUCGAUAGCAUUAAUUGGAUCCUGGACUGUGUCUUAUGGUAGAACGCGAGAUCAAGCUAUCCACCUUUAUCGGCACACAAAUGGAUACAAAGAUGUGGAUAGGUCAGUUGGCACUUUUUUCGGUCUCGUCGCCUUUCGUUGUAAGCUCUGAAC